GGUUAGGGCUAGCACCGGCACCUUGGGUCAAGCGUCUAUCUUAUACCGAUACGUCUUUCAUUUUAUUAUUAUUUCAUGUCCCGUUUUGUCGGCGGGUGCGGGGGCGAGCUUGUGAUAGUUGCUAGAACAUCAGUGCUCUCUGGGAGAGUUUCUAGGUUAUACCGGGUUAUUCUUUCUUUCUUCUCAGCAUCGAGCCGUAGGUAGAGAACAGAGAAUGCCGCGACUAUCUUCGCAUUAUUGCGCCCUUCCGCUCCCGGGCCGGCUGAAAGCUCUCCCACUGCCCGUGGUACAAAUCAUCGGGACGCUGAUAUUCGCCAACAUGAUCGUCUGGGCGGCGGUCGGCGUGGUACUGCACUACUACCCGGCCAUGAUCACUCCCGCCGUGCUAUCGUACACGCUAGGACUCCGCCACGCCCUCGACGCCGACCACAUCAGCGCCAUCGACCUGAUGACCCGGCGCCUGAUCGCGUCGGGGCAGCGGCCCGUGACCGUAGGCACGUUCUUCAGCCUGGGCCACUCCACCAUCGUCAUUAUCACCUGCAUCGUCGUAGCGGCUACCAGCGGCGCCCUGCGCGACCGUUUCGACAAUUUCCAGUACGUCGGCGGGAUCGUAGGCACGAGCGUCAGCGCCGCGUUCCUCAUCCUGCUGUGCCUGGGAAACGGUUGGGUCCUGUAUCGCCUUGUGCGCCGUCUCCGCGCCGUCCUCCGCGAGGCAGACCCGCAUCACCCGGAGCAGGACGGGGCGGACGAGGAUCAGGCUGCGACUAACUUGCAGCUCGAGGGCGCUGGGUUUCUUGCUACUGUGUUUCGGAGGUUAUUUCGCAUUGUUGACCGGCCUUGGAAAAUGUAUCCUCUUGGUGUCUUAUUUGGACUUGGAUUCGAUACAAGCUCUGAGAUCGCCAUCUUGGGUAUCGCAAGCGUUCAAGGAGCGCAGGGGACAAGUCUUUGGGUUAUUCUCAUAUUCCCGAUCCUAUUCACAGCGGGAAUGUGCAUGUUAGACACGACGGAUGGGGCCCUCAUGAUGGCGCUAUACUCAUCCAAGGCGUUCGCGCGCGAUACGGUCGCAAUCCUGUAUUACUCGAUCGUGUUGACGGGCAUCACGGUCGUCGUCUCAGCGUUUAUCGGCAUCAUCCAGAUUCUGUCGCUCGUGCAGAAUGUCGCCGAACCCGAAGGCUCCUUCUGGGAUGGUCUCGGCGAGAUCGGUGAUCACUUCGACAUCAUCGGUGGCUCCAUUUGUGGACUAUUCCUCGUGGUUGGGCUUGGCUCCGUCCUUGCCUACGGACCUUGGAGGCGUAGGGUCGAGAGGCGGCGCAUUGCUAGCGAGGCGCAGAGGUUGCCGUCGGAUGAUACUGAUGGUGCAUUCCACGACGUAGAGGGUUGAGCAGCGGGGAUAUAGAUCGGUGGGUAACCGUUGAACGGCCGUGACUUAUAACCCAUAGAGAUAGCAUUCAUAUUGGGCAGCUCAGGGGAAGCGCAUACGUCGAUAAUAAUACCUAUCUAUCUCCGUAUCUAAGGUAGGGAUGACCUCUAUCGAACAAGCACAAGUCAUAUAUCAUCUAGUAAAACUCUGUGAAUGUGACAUGAUGUUGAAGUUUUCAUUUUUAUUUGAGUCGGGUCGUCGAUCCUAUG